UUUCCCCUGUUUUGGGGGGGGUCGCUUUUCUUCUUUUGAUUCUUCUCUUUCCAGCUCCUAUAAAUCAGACAACAACUAAGUCUUUCUUUCUCACACAGCAUUAAGUCCUUUUAUAAACAAGAAUAAUAUCUUAUUUUUGCAUAAACACAUAACAAAAACAGAGGAUCAAUCAUGGUUCUGUAUGAAGAGAAUUUUGUAAUGAACUCACGAGGCUUGAAGUUGUUCACUUGUGUAUGGAAACCAGAGAAAGAAGAACCAAAGGCCUUGCUCUUCCUCUGCCAUGGUUAUGCUAUGGAGUCUAGCAUCACCAUGAACAGUCCAGCCGCGAGGCUAGCCAAGGCCGGUUUUGCCGUCUAUGGAAUGGACUAUGAAGGACACGGGAAAUCCGGGGGACUAAAUGGUUACAUCAGUGACUUUGAUCAUCUCGUUGAUGAUGUCUCUAAUCAUUACUCUACAAUUUGUGAGAAGGAAGAGAACAAGGGGAAGAUGAGGUAUCUACUUGGAGAAUCCAUGGGAGGAGCUGUUGUGUUGCUCUUAGCCAGAAAGAAGCCUGACUUUUGGGACGGUGCUGUUUUGGUCGCACCCAUGUGUAAGUUAGCAGAUGAGAUAAAGCCACAUCCAGUAGUGAUCUCAAUUCUUAUCAAGCUUGCCAAGUUUAUUCCGACGUGGAAAAUAGUUCCAGGAAACGAUAUUAUUGACAUUGCAGUUAAAGAACCACACAUCAGAGAUCAGGUGAGGGAGAACAAGUAUUGCUAUAAAGGCCGGCCUCGCCUCAAUACCGCCUACCAACUCUUGUUGGUUAGCUUGGAUCUAGAGAAGAAUCUUGAUCAGGUAUCAAUUCCUUUUAUUGUUCUUCACGGAGAAGAUGACAAAGUGACGGACAAAAGCGUGAGCAAAAUGCUAUACGAAGUGGCUUCAAGCUCGGACAAGACCUUCAAGCUGUACCCAAACAUGUGGCAUGCUUUGCUAUACGGGGAAACUCCUGAAAAUUCAGAAAUCGUGUUUGGUGAUAUCAUAAAUUGGCUGGAGGAUAGAACCAUCAGUUCGGCCGGAGGGAUAGAGAGUCAGCUAAAACAUAAGCAUGAUGGAUUCUUGACGCAUAAAUAAGUGAACGAUAUACAUUAUGUAAGUGAACGAUAUACAUUAUGUAGCAAAUAUGGUUUAUGCACUUUUUUUUUUUUCGUCAUGGUUUAUGUACUUAUGUAGUCUUUUAUACAUACGAAGUUACUUGUUGAAUUUUAACCACAAAAAGAAGAAAGUUACAUGUUGAAUA